AUGGAGGCCAUGACGGCCGUGGCGUUACCCGGCUCCGGCAAGCCGGACUUCCACAACCUAGUGCUGUCCUGCAACCGGGACGGCAUGGAAGCCCUGCGGAAGGGCCAGUCCAAAGCCGCCUUUGAGCAGUUCAAGUACGCAGAGGCCAUCCUCAUCGCCAACCAGGCGGAGAGUGGCACCAGCCUGGCAGCGGUGACCUGCAACAACCUGGGGUGCUACUACAAGAAGGUAGGGAAGCUCCACGGGGCCCUUAGCUACCUCCGAAGAGCUCUGCAGAUGGAGAUGGACUUGGGCACGGACGAAGGCACGCUGGCAGGCACGCACUUGAACAUUUGCGCCAUUCUCUCGAAGCUGGAGAAGCAUGACAAGGCGGUGCAGCACGCGAUGCAGGGGCUCGAGCUCAUCGACAGGAAGACCAGCAGCGCAGACCCCGCAGAGGUCCCAGCGGAUGACUAUGCCGUCCUCGCAAUUGCGUACCACAACGUGGCCGUAGAGCGGGACUUGCUGCACGAAUACGACAAGGCGGCGGCGGCCUUCCACCAGGGCUUCGAAGUGGCCAAGCGCUGCCUCGGGGAGGAUCACCCGCUGGCGCUGACCUUGGGCCGCAACGCCGAGGCGGUGCUGCAGAAGUCGCAGCGGAUGACGAAGGUGAACCCCAACACUGCCACGGCGCGCAAGCCAACCAAGGACGGGGACUUGGAGAGGUUCACCUCAGGGCUCACGGAGAGCUCCACGCCCUCGCUGCCGGAGGGCCCGAGUCGACUUCGACGAAAUUGGAGCCCCGAAUUCGACGCAUGA